UUCUACGUGUGUGUACGCAGCUCAAUUUGGUAUCAGCCAAUUCAAAAGGAUCAGCCAUCAGCAUGGCGGCUUACGAGCGGGAAAUUCCAUUUUUGAGUAUCCCUGAGCCUGAGUCGAGUGUUCAUGGUCUCUCUGCUGUAUGGGGUAGAGGAAACCAGCUAAUCCUUCACACUGGAUGUGGGCAGAGGAGGAAAGCGGAGGGCAGUGGUGACCAAGUAGUCUACCACCAGACCCCGUCCACACUCCAUCAGGUAGAAUGGCAGACAGACAUGCACAACCCACACACCAGGAAACUUGUUAUGCAAUCACAUGAUGUUUUUGUUUCGCUACAAAAGCAAUCUCCCGAGGACAAGAACGCAUCAAGGAAACCUCAAUUAAUAAAGUGCAGUCGACAUUAUCGGGCAUUCAUAGCUGAAUGCGUGCAGGAUCUCCGCAAGGCCUCAUUAGACCCAAAUGUAGAUCAAACAGAAGCAAGAGAGUAUGGAGACCAAUGUGAAAUCUUCCAGACCAUUGGAUUGAUAUGGAGUCUGUGUGAAAUCCUCUUUGUAGAGACAUUGCCAGGUGGUAUAGUCUUACAGCAGCUGUUAGACUGGGUCAAGCUACACUUCACAGAGGGCGAUGUCAAGGCUAGAAACAUUCUCAUGGCAGAGGAGAUCGAGACCACAGAAGAAUACUGGUCUGCUAUCUACAUCUACAUCCUACAAGGGAGACUCACUGAGGCCAGGCAUAUGCUUUCAUUGGAUCCAAAGUUCCAACAUGACACUCAUGGGGCUUAUGGUAGAAUCGAUGAGCUGAUGCGGCGUAUGCCUGUGUUUGGAACCCUGAGUCGACAGUCCCUGGCAGAGUUUGACCUGAAGUGGCGCCAUUGGCAGGACACCUGUAGACAGUGUCUUGAAGAUCAGAGCUUCGUUUCGUAUCCAAGGCUGGAGGUCGUCUGUAAGAUCCUUUGUGGUGACCAGUCUGUCUUGCUGCAAGAGGUUGGGGACUUGAUCCAAGAACUUGGCGGCUGGUACCACCUGAUGGUCACUCGACUCCUCUACACCAACCCAACGGUCAAGGCAAUGGACCUUCACUACCAUGCCAAGGCCAGCAUGGAUGCGUGUGGCGUCUCUGGUAGAAUGACAUCGUUGGACAGUAUCUUGGACAAAGCCUUGGAGUUUGAUAUCUACCAGAUGAUCAAGAUCAGCAGUGCAACAUUGAGUAACUGGUGGUUUGUAGCUCACCUCUCCGACCUCCUUCACCACUGUGGUCAGCUGGACUCACAUCAACUCAAUUUUGGAUCUGAUCUGAGAGAGUUUCUCCUGCUUGAAUAUUCCUCUACACUGAUGUCUCAUACAAGUUUCUGGCAAGUAGUAGCUGACUAUCUAGAUCACUGCCCUCAAUUUGGAAGACAUUAUCUGGAGUUAUUUAUUGAGCGGAUCCCUCUGAAGACCGAGAGGAAAGCCCUCAAGGUUCUCAAAGCUUGUGAAGACAGAGACAUGAAGGAACAAGCCCAGAGCAUCUGCAAGGUCCUCGGGAUGCGCUGCUAUCGUCAGGGGCGACUAGGCUCCGCCCUGACCUGGUGCCUGAGGUCGCACGACCCGACCUUUGCGACCUACCUGGCCGAUAAGUUCCUGACAGAGUACAGCCUGAAGGGAGGCUUCACUAACAUUGAUCUCCUGGAUAACCUGGGCGCUGGGAUGCUGCUCAGUGACAGACUCACAUUCCUCGGUAAGUAUCGUGAAUUCCAUCGCCUGUAUGAGCAGGGAGACUUCAGCGAUGCCGGAGCUCUUCUCCUGUCGUUGCUUCGAGCUAGACUGGCCCCAAAACAGUUUUGGUUGACCCUUCUCACCGAUGCUCUACCACUGCUGGAGCUGGACGAGGUAGUCUUCAGCAGCAAACAGACGUAUGAGCUGCUCCGAUGCCACGAGGAGCUGGAGAGAUGGUUCAAAUCAGAGGAGUACAAGACACGCAUCCUACCAAAGAAGAGCAAGGGCCAGUUGGAAUUGGAGAAGGAGAAACUAGAACUGCUUCAGCUGGGUCUAUCCAGGAACAUAGCGCAGGCUUUGCUUAAAGAGGGCUGUGGAUCGCUCCAAGGAUCAUGAUAGGGUGUGUCAUGAAAAAAAUAGUUGAACUGAACCUAGCUCUUGAUACAUGUAUGUUUCAAAAAGGAUGUUAGGUGACUCUAAAAAAUCAUGAUGCAUAGUGUAAAAAAAUACUGAACGAACAUUGUGUAGUCUUUGCUUCAAGAGGAAACUGAUCGCUGGUGAAAGAUGGUGAUGCAUGAUGUCUCAUAAAAAACCAUGGAACUAAACGUUGCAAAGUCUUCGCUUGAAGAGAGAUGUGGAUUGCUACAGAGAUCUUGAUAUAUGAUGUCUCAUUAAAACCAUGGAGCUGAAUGUAGCAAAGUAUCUGCUUUAAGAAGGGUUGUGGGUUGUUACUUGCUCCAAAGAUGAUAUAUGGUGUCUCAUGAAAAGUAUGGAACUGAAGAUAGCUCACGCUUUGCUUCAAAAGGUAUACCAAGGAUCGUGGUACAUGGUGUGUCAUGAAAAUCGUUGAACUGCACGCAGCACAAACUCUGCUCCAAGAAAGAUUUGGGUCACUUCAAAAAUUGGGAUAUAAGGUGUUUCAUGAAAAGUGUUGAAC